UAAAGAUUUCAUAAUUUUUUUUCCAUUAAUGACUCCAGGGGUUGUUUGUAAUCUAAAGCGAUUAGUAAAUCACACUACUUGAGAGUGUUUACUGAACUCCUGGACAUUUGGGACUCUCGGCUCGUUCUGCUCACUGUGGAUCAUCAUGAUUCGGUUACUGGUUUUAGUCCUGUGCUUCCUUCUGAACACCUCGGGGAAAUCCAUACAACUAGACGAGGAGAACCCAGAGUUUUGGAGAACUCAGGCUCAGGCUACACUGAACUCCGCUCUCAGGAGGAAACUCAACACUAACGUGGCCAAAAACAUAGUGUUGUUCCUGGGAGAUGGAAUGGGAAUCACCACAAUCACAGCUGCUCGCAUACUGAAAGGCCAACUGGAGGAACGUCUGGGGGAGGAGACGGUCAUGACCAUGGACACUUUCCCUUACAUCGGUCUCGCUAAGGUCUACACGGUAGAUUUCCAAAUCCCAGACAGUGGUGCGACGGCGACGGCGUAUCUCUGUGGUGUGAAGACGAAUUUGAAUGUUGUGGGUUUGAGUGCUGCAGCGAGGAACGGUGUGUGUCGCUCACAGACAGGAAAUGAGGUCACGUCUAUCCUCAAAUGGGCUAAAGAUGCAGGGAAGUCAGUUGGCAUAGUAACGACUACUCGUGUACAACACGCCACUCCAGCAGCGUCUUACGCCCACAGUGCCAGCAGGAAGUGGUACAGUGAUGCAGACAUGCCCACUGCGGCCAAGAGAGACGGCUGCACUGACAUCGCCUCACAACUCCUCUCCAACACUGACAUCGAUGUGAUUAUUGGCGGUGGGCGUAAAUACAUGACCCCUAAAGGCACACCAGACCCUGAGUACCCCACAGACCGGAACUCUGCCGGGACGAGAGAGGACGAGCGCAACCUCAUAAACCAGUGGAUCAACAUGAAGGAGGGAAAGGUGGCGCGCUACGUGUGGAAUAAGACAGAGUUUGAUGCGGUAGACCCUAAAACAACGGACUACCUGAUGGCCCUGUUCGAACCUGCUGAUCUGAGGUUUGAGGUGGAGAGAGACCUGCUAAUGGAUCCCUCCAUCAUAGAGACGACAGAGAAAGCCAUCCGCAUCCUACAGAAGAACCCGAGAGGAUUCUUUCUGCUGGUGGAGGGAGGACGUAUCGAUCAGGGACACCACGCCAGUCGAGCCUCGAUGGCACUGCAUGAAACUGUCGCCCUUGACAACGCUGUUGCCCGGGCACUGGAGCUGACUAAUGAGAAAGAGACGCUGACGGUCGUGACCGCUGACCACUCCCACUCGCUCUCGUUUAACGGGUAUCCCUUCAGAGGGAACAGUAUUCUGGGUAAAUCGCCUGUGUACGGGUUGGAUUUGCUCCCCUAUACCACGCUGAUGUACGGAAAUGGCCCCGGACACAAAAUCAUCAACAACAAACGACUGGAUAUCCGUAAAGUGAACACCAAGAAUAAGGACUACGUGCAGCAGGCUGUGGUUCCUCUCGACUCGGAAACUCACGGUGGUGAGGACGUGGCCGUGUUUGCUCGAGGCCCCAUGGCUCACCUGCUGCAGGGCGUUAAUGAGCAGAGCUACAUCGCACACGCCCUGGCCUACGCAGCCUGCCUGGGAGCCAAUCAGAACCACUGCUACACGGCACGAAGCUCCGCCCCCGACACACCCUGAUUUUAUCACGAUUUAUUAAAUCGUGCAGAAACACUGUUUUACUUAUCAGUCUGUACAUCACUGCUGAUAUUACAAUAAAAAUAAGUGAUCAAAUAA